UCCCGCCGCCAUGCCGCCGCCCGCCCUCCGCAUCACCCUCCUCCUCCUCCCGCUGCUGCUCCGCCGGGCGCUGGCCGCCGCAGGGCUGGAGUACAGCGAUGUGCUGCCCGACUCCUUCCCCUCAGCGCCGGCAGAGACCCUCCCUCACUUCCUGCUGGAGCCACAGGACGCCUACAUCGUGAAGAACAAGCCCGUGGAGCUCGUGUGCCGUGCCAACCCUGCCACCCAGAUCUACUUCAAGUGCAACGGGGAGUGGGUCAACCAGAACGACCACGUCACCAAGGAGAGCCUGGACGAGGUCACUGGGAUGCUGGUGCGGGAGGUGCAGAUCGAGGUCUCCCGGCAGCAGGUGGAGGAGCUCUUUGGCUUGGAGGAUUACUGGUGCCAGUGCGUGGCCUGGAGCUCGGCGGGCACCACCAAGAGCCGCCGCGCCUACGUCCGCAUAGCGUACCUACGAAAGAACUUUGACCAGGAGCCGCUGGGCAAGGAGGUCCCGCUGGAGCACGAGGUCCUGCUGCAGUGCCGCCCGCCCGAGGGGGUCCCACAGGCCGAGGUGGAGUGGCUGAGGAACGAGGACGUCAUCGACCCCUCCCAGGACACCAACUUCCUGAUCACCAUCGACCACAACCUCAUCAUCAAGCAGGCCCGGCUCCUGGACACUGCUAAUUACACCUGCAUGGCCAAGAACAUCGUGGCCAAGCGCCGGAGCACCACGGCCGCUGUCAUCGUCUACGUGAACGGUGGCUGGUCCACCUGGUCCGAGUGGUCUCCUUGCAACAACCGCUGUGGCCGGGGCUGGCAGAAGCGCACCCGGACCUGCACCAACCCCGCGCCGCUGAACGGCGGCUCCUUCUGCGACGGGCAGCCUUUCCAGAAAAUCACCUGCACCACCCUCUGCCCAGUGGAUGGCGCGUGGACGGAGUGGAGCAAGUGGUCGGCGUGCAGCACCGAGUGCACGCACUGGCGCAGCCGCGAGUGCGCCGCCCCGGCCCCCCGCAAUGGCGGCAAGGACUGCAGCGGGGGGCUCCUGGACUCCAAAAACUGCACCGACGGGCUCUGCCUGCAGAAUAAAAGAGUUCUAAGCGAACCCAAAAGCCACCUGCUGGAGGCCACAGGUGAUGUGGCCCUGUACGCCGGGCUAGUGGUGGCCAUUUUCGUCUUCAUCGUGAUCCUCAUGGCUGUGGGGGUGGUGGUGUACCGGAGGAGAUGCCGGGAUUUUGACACGGACAUCACGGACUCAUCAGCUGCUCUCACCGGAGGAUUCCACCCUGUCAACUUCAAGACCUCCCGGCACGACAACUCCCAGCUGCUGCACCCCUCGAUGCAGCCGGACCUGACAGCCAGUGCGGGGCUGUACCGCGGUCCCAUGUACGCCCUGCAGGACUCCUCCGACAAGAUCCCCAUGACCAACUCGCCCCUGCUGGACCCCCUGCCCAACCUCAAGAUCAAGGUGUACAACUCCUCCACCGCCUCCUCCUCACCAGGGCUGCACGACGGCACGGACCUGCUGGGGGGGGUCCCCACCACCGGCACCUACCCGGGGGACACCGCCAGGGAGGGGCACUUCGGGAACGGGCGGAGCAAAGCCCUGGGUUCCCAGCACCUCCUUGGCUUGCCCCGGGAGCACGGCUACAGUGCCAGCGGCACGUUUGGCUACCUGGGGGGAAGGCUCACCGUGCCAGGCACUGGGGUGAGCCUGCUGGUGCCCCACGGGGCCAUCCCCCAGGGGAAGUUCUACGAGAUGUACCUGGUCCUCAACAAGGCAGAGAGUGCCCUCCUGCCCUCCGAGGGCACGCAGACGGUGCUGAGCCCGGCAGUGACCUGUGGGCCCACUGGCUUGCUCCUGUGCCGCCCCGUCGUCCUGACCAUUCCCCACUGUGCCGACGUCAGCUCCUCAGAUUGGAUUUACCAGCUGAAAACACAGUCCCACCAGGGAAACUGGGAGGAAGUUGUGACCCUGGAUGAGGAGACCCUCAACACUCCCUGCUACUGCCAGCUGGAAGCCAAGUCCUGCCACAUUUUGCUAGACCAGCUGGGCACCUACGUCUUCGUGGGAGAGUCCUACUCCAGGUCAGCCAUCAAGAGGCUCCAGCUGGCCAUCUUUGCCCCCACCGUUUGCACCUCCCUGGAGUACAGCCUCAAGGUCUACUGCUUGGAGGACACGCCAGAUGCUCUGAAGGAGGUGCUGGAGCUGGAGAGGACACUGGGAGGGUACCUGCUGGAGGAGCCCAAGCCCCUGCCCUUCAAGGACAGCUACCACAACCUGCGUCUCUCCAUCCACGACAUCCCCCACGCCCUGUGGAGGAGCAAGCUGCUGGCCAAGUACCAGGAAAUCCCCUUCUAUCACAUCUGGAGCGGCAGCCAGCGAGCCCUGCACUGCACCUUCACCCUGGAGAGGUACAGCCAGGCCUCCACUGAGCUCACCUGCAAGAUCUGCGUCCGGCAGGUGGAAGGGGAAGGGCAGAUCUUCCAGCUGCACAUCACGCUGGGAGAGCACUCCAGCUCCUUCGACACCCUCCGCUCCCACCACAGUGGUGCCACCCCCACCACCCAGGUGGGACCCUACGCCUUCAAAAUCCCCCUCUCCAUCCGGCAGAAGAUCUGCAACAGCCUGGAUGCUCCCAGCUCCAGGGGAAACGACUGGAGACUUCUCGCCCAGAAGCUCUCCAUGGACCGGUAUCUGAACUACUUUGCCACCAAAGCCAGCCCCACCGGGGUGCUCCUGGACUUGUGGGAAGCCGAGCACCAGGACGACGGUGACCUCAACACCCUGGCCAGUGCCUUAGAGGAGAUGGGCAAGAGCGAGAUGCUGGUGGUCAUGGCCACAGAGGGGGACUGCUGAUGAUGCUCCCACGGCUGGUGGGCCAGGAGGACGAAACAGGGGGUGAGGAGGGGUCCUUCCCCAACGGCUGGGGGGGAGGCACGUCCAUCCUGAGCAAGGAAGGGCGGAGGCCGGCACUCCUCCUCCCUCCCACAUCACUGUCAGCCUUAGAGACCCGUCCUCAGCGUUUACAAGCAAUCCAAGUGUUACGCAGCAUUCCUCUUCCUCCUCCUCAUGGCACGGGGAGGAAUUAGGGCUUCUUGAGUUGGGAUGGGGGCUUUCCUUUUCCUUCUUCUUUUGGGUUCCCCUCCUCCUCCUUUAAUAGCAUUUCUGCGUUGAAGAGGCGAGUUCAAUCCAGGCGAACGGCUUAACUCCUGUCAAAGGCUUCAGGCAGCUUAACGAGGCAAAUAAGAAAGAAAAAAAAGGAAAAAAAAAAGAGUUUCUUAGGAAACGCAAAUAAUUUAUUAUCCAGAUCUUUGGAUGCGUCCUUUUUUAAAAAAAAAAAAAAA